AUGGAUCCGCUGCCAACGGGUCCAGUGAAUCUGACCGAGUUGAAGAACAGUUACCAAAAUGAGUUUCUUCGGCAGAUAGAUAUGAUGCCGAGCCCCAAAGCCGUGUAUUGGGAAAAGCGGUUGAUGGCAUCAGUCAGUCUGAUUGUCGGACACUCAGUUUUGAAAAAACAUGGGGUCUCGCAUUCAUUUCUACUGGAGGCAAAAGAGGAUUCUUGCUCUCCACCGGAGUGCAAAUCUAUUGUUUUCAUUCUUUCCUCUAACGUAAAGGUUGUGGACUGCACUCAAGCAUUUGUAACUAGAGACAUACGAAUUUUUCAGGGUUCCCCCAAAGAGUAUCACAUCAUUGCGAUACCAUCCUUUUCUUAUGCUUGUAAGAAUUUUUUGGGCGAGAAGGCCGUUCUGAAAAAGUUCAGUUCAAUAUAUGAGUUCCCGCUCACUAUUUUGCCGCUCGAUUCAGACCUCGUUUCCAUGGAAGAUCCAAGCUGUUUUGCUACCUAUAGCAUAUCACAGAGGCAACAGGGAAUCUAUCAGCUUGUCCAGGGUUUGUUACGUUUCCAGUCGAUCUUCGGUCUUUUUCCAGUAAUCCGUGCCAAAGGGAACAAAGCUGUGGAAGUCGCUAGGAUGCUAACCCGAAUGCGGCGUGAAGCUGAAGCGAACCUUGGCAGCAAAUCGGAUAAGACACCGCUUACUGAAGUGGACUGUCAAACUGAGAUGCUGAUCCUAUUGGAUAGAUCCGUGGAUUGUUUGACUCCUAUGCUUAGCCAGCUCACCUACGAAGGCCUGAUAAGUGAGAAAUGGGGAAUACGCCACGGUGCGUGUUAUCUGCCCACGGGGACAGGCAAAAUUUCGGAGCAGUCUAAGCGCCUGGUGCUCAACGCCAGUGAUGAACUUUUCGCCGAACUUCGUGAUCAGAAUUUUGCAUUCGUUGGCUCCAUAUUAAACAAGAAGUCCAAAGACAUCUCGGCGCUGCUGUCGGAGUCCAAAGCAGCAACCGAAUUAACGGAAUUGAAGCGAGUUGUCAGCCAACUUCCUGAAAUUCGAUCAACACGAGCGGCCUUAGAAACUCAUUUGGCUAUUGCCGAACAGCUGAAAAAUCACGUGAAUUCAGAUGAAUUUAUAUUGAGUUUGUCGGCUCAACAAGAUAUCUUGAACGGCUUUGAAACCGAUAAGGCGCACCCAUAUAUCGAAGAAUGCAUUUUACGAGGAGCUCCUCUUCAUGAGGUCCUUCAGUUGAUUUGCAUUCAGUCAUUUUGCAAUGGUGGCCUAAAGCAACGGCUCUUAGAAUACUAUAAGCGAGAAAUCCUACAAGUCUAUGGUUUCGAAAAUGUGUUCACUUUGGACAAUCUGGAUCGUGUCGGUCUUUUGUAUGACAGCAGCGCGAACUCUGCUAGUAACACACUCCCGCGCCUCUCUUUGGGCGCAACACCCACAGCUACAACUAUGGCAGAUACCAAACAAACGGUGACCGCUGUCAGUAACAUGUUUGCGACCACUCUAAAAAGAAGUCUGCGACUUCUAGUCACCCCAACCUUUCCGGUUGACCCAUCGGAUCCAGAUCAGGCACUCGCCCAGAUCUAUUCCGGGUACAUUCCAAUCUCCAUACGAUUGAUACAAGCGCUGUCGAUGACUUGGAUCCCAAAGACUGUCAGUGCUUCUGCAGGCCAGCUGAUUGCCGCAGGACCGUCAAACGUUCUGGCCAUGACCAGCGCACUGCUGACCGGUCGUGGUUCACCUUCCAGUGUACGGUCAGACAGUACCGUCUCCGGUCAACAGCUGUCCGACAGAGCAGCGAAACAAACACGUACCAGUUCUGCUGGUGACGGCUCUAGUUUCAUAAUUAACCUGAUUCCUGGUGGCUUUUUUGAAGAACAACAAGUGCCCAACAUGCUUGGUCAGUUCGACGGUCUAUCGAAUGGCGGUGGAAAGGGGGGCACUACAAUGAGGAGCAAACCCCGCGUGAUUGUUGUCGCGUUUGUCGGUGGAGUGACACAUGCUGAAAUAGCUGCGCUGCGCACACUCUCUGUUACUGGAGAUGCGAACGUAGAGUUUAUAAUUAUCACAAUGGGUCUUUUGAAUGCCAAAAGCUUCAUCGGGUCCUUGAGUCAGGAUAUUCAACCGGUUCCGCUGCUUCCCUUAUAAAUGUGACUUAUUUUCAUCUGAACUUAUUUGAUUACUUCUGUAAUUUCGACAAUACAUACUGUUAUGC